AUGUCGGAAGCUCUCACCAAGGAAGAGAGAAUAAGGCAGCGUCAGGCUCAGUUGGCCAAAUGGAAAGAAAGAAAAUCGAAGUCUCCAAGCAUAAGCUCCGAGAGUACCAGCAUUGAAGUAAACAGUACACUGUCAAAUACGUCUCCCAAUCCCGAAGAGCAAAGACGUCUCGAAAGACUCAAAAAGCUCGAAGAAUGGAAGAAAAAGAAGCUUCAAUCGCAAAAUAAUGCCACAGAUGAACAAGCACUGCGACAGAAGAAAUUAGCCGAAUGGAAAAGGAAGAGAGGAGGCGAAAAUGAUGCUGAUGGUUCAUCAUCAAAAUCAAAGUCGACUUCUUUCAAACUCCGGGCCAAGCCAAUUCAAAAAGCAGAUUCUUCGAAAAGGAAGCAAGUUUUCGAAGACGAAGACGAUGACGAGGAGAGAAUUCGAGCUUUUAAGGUUCCCACGCUUCCAAACACAAAACAAAACUCUAAACUGUCCAAUGAGGAUGGAGAAGAUGCUCUUGAUGUGUUCUUAGAAGAGCUUGUGGAUGAUGAACGCGACGAAAAUAGCCUCUCUCUAGGUGUUCUUCUGGAAGGAAGCCUGGACGAAGAAGAAAAUGACGAUGACCCCUUACGUGCUCUUCAGCUCAAAGCUAUGCAGACAGGAAAGGAGUUGGCGGCAGUGGAUCAUAGUCAGAUCGAAUAUCUUGAGUUCAAGAAGAACUUCUAUGUUGAGUCUCACGAGGUGAGUCUGCUCACCAAAGAAGAGGUUCACGACCUCAGACUGAAUCUUGGUGGUAUCAAGGUGACCGGAAAAAAUUGCCCAAAUCCAGUGUGGAAUUGGUCGCAGCUAGGCUUCUCACCCGUCGUACAAUCGUUGAUUGAGAACAAGCUACAGUUCAAGGCACCGACGAGCGUACAAAGUCAAGCAUUGCCAAUCAUUCUUUCUGGACGUGAUAUGCUUGCAAUUGCUAAGACAGGCUCAGGAAAGACCCUCGCAUUCGUUUUACCUUUACUUCGACACGUACAAGACCAGCCUCCUUUGCAGGAAGGUGAUGGCCCAAUUGCAGUCCUUAUGUCACCUACUAGAGAGUUAGCCCAGCAGAUAUUCAAGCAGCUUACGACAUUCACCAAGAAACUUGGAUUGUCUGCUUGCUGCUGCUACGGUGGUUCUUCCAUCGAACCACAGAUUGCAGAGCUCAAAAGGGGUGCUCAAAUCGUUGUAUGUACCCCGGGUCGUCUCAUUGAUUUAUUAACCACGAAUAACGGGAGAGUCUGCAAUUUACAGAGAGUUACAUAUGUGGUUCUUGAUGAGGCCGACCGUAUGUUUGAUUUCGGUUUUGAACCUCAAAUUAAAAAGAUCUUCGCUCAGAUCAGACCUGAUAAACAAUGUGUUUUGUUUUCUGCUACAUUUGCCAAAAAGAUGGAAUCUUUGGCAAAAGACACUUUACGUGACCCUGUUGAAGUUGUGGUUGGAGGCAUCAGUGUGGUGGCCCAGGAGAUCAAACAACAUGUCGAGCUUUUCGAUCUCUCUGACGAUACUACCCUGACAGAAAUUUUCGAUCGAAAGUUUCAAAGACUACAAGAACUUUUGAAAUUAUAUCCCGAUGUGAAAAAACUAGUCUUUGUGGAAAAGCAGGAAUCUGCGGAUGAUUUGCUCGUGAAGUUAUUGGGUCAAGGUCUACAAUCCAUAACGAUUCAUGGAGGAAAGGAACAAAUCGACAGGAAACACGCUAUUAAAAGAUUUUCGGAUCAAGAUAGCGGUGUCGACACCUUGAUCGCAACAUCAGUAGCUGCCAGAGGUUUGGAUGUGAAGGGUCUUGAUUUGGACUAUGUUCAUCGUGUUGGAAGAACUGGAAGGGCUGGUAAGGAGGGUGAUGCAUAUACAUUCGUCACCCCAGCCCAAGAACGCCCCAUCACCGAUUUGGUUAAGGCAUUAAGACUAAGCAAAUAUCCAGAGGAUAGAAUUGAUCCCAAACUAGUCAAAAUCGCUGACGGCUUUCUUUCGAAGGUCAAGGAUGGGAAGGAGAAGUUUCAUUUUGGUUUUGGUGGUAAGGGAUUAAGCAAGCUUGACGAGGUCCGGGACACGAAUAAGAAGAUAGAGAGGAGCAUGUAUUCGACAGAAACGCAUGAACCAGACAAAUCACGAGAAAGCUCGGCAGCUACAAGCAAGCCUGUUUCUAGUGACGCAAAGGUCGUCAAUGGGGUUGAUCUACCCGAGUUUGAUGUUAUCGAAGGAAGGGCAUGUGAAUCCACCGGACCCGACCGAUGCAAGUUUCACUCAAGAGUCACAAUCAAUGAUCUUCCACAGUCUGCGAGAUGGAAUGUGGUCAAUGCUGAUAAUUUGUCUGGUAUUUCAGAAAACACAUCUGUUUCAAUUACUAACAAGGGGCAAUACUAUCCACCUGGCAGCAAGGUGCCUUCUACAGUGAAGCAAGGAGGUAAGGAAGUGCCAGCACCUCCAAAGUUGUACUUACUCGUGGAGGGUUUGACAGAAAACAGCGUAAGGGAUGCCAAUUUGUUACUUCGCCAAAAAAUCAUUGAGGGACUCGAAAACGUUAAAGAUGAUAGUGCUGCAUCCUCGGGUCGCUACAAGGUAUAG